AUGAAUUACUUGGACAGAUUUUUAUCUGUUUAUGACUUGCCAAGAGGUAAAACAUGGGCAAUUCAAUUGGUGGCUGUGGCUUGUUUAUCUAUAGCAGCCAAGAUGGAGGAGAUUGAAGUCCCUUCCACUGUGGACUUACAGGUGGGGGAACCAAAAUUUUUGUUUGAAGGGAAAACCAUACGAAGAAUGGAGCUUUUGAUAUUGAGCAUCUUGAAAUGGAAAAUGCAAGCUUAUACUCCAUGCAAUUUCAUAGACUAUUUCCUUAAGAAGAUCAAUGAUGAUGAACUUCCGUCAGGGCCUUUGAUUACUAGAUCAAAUCAACUCAUCAUGAAUAUAAUCAAAGGCAUUAAUUUCUUGGAAUUCAGGCCUUCCGAAAUGGCUGCAGCGGUGGCAAUGUAUGUUUCCGGGGAAAUUCAAGCAAUGAACAUUGAUAAGGCACUGUCUGGUUCCACUGGACUGACUGGAGUAGCAAAGGAAAGAGUGGUGAAGUGUCUUGAGCUGAUUCAAGAUUUGACAACAACUAGUGGGACAAGUGCUGCUACUAAUGUGCCACAAAGCCCCAACGGGGUGUUGGAGGUUGCAUGCUUGAGCUACAAAAGUGAUGAAAAUACAGUUGGGUCAUGUUCAAUUUCUUCACAGAGUAAAAGGAGAAAAUUGGACCAACCAACUUCAGAAAGUGGUGAAUUCAAGUGA